AUGGGCUGGCUAGUCUGUGGAAUUACCAGCGGAAGACACCGAAUAUUCAAGGGAUAUGGAACAGCGAGCAAAGCUCUCACAGAACGCAAGUGCACUUCCUGUCCAGAAUCGUGUCGGCAAAGCUUACCGGAAGUUGCUGUUUUAAGCCGGACGUCAUUAGGAUGCUUAACCAGCCGUCGAAUGAUAAUACAUCGCGGGGUUCAUUUUCUAACUUCCGUCAUCGUG